AUGGCGGGGCCGGGCGGCCGCAGCGCCUCGGCCGCCUUUCGGGAGCACCUCCGGCGCCUGGGCCUGCAGGACUUCCCCUGCGGCGCGGUAGCGGCUGGCGGAGCCCCGACGCCGGCGGGACCCUCACUGCCCGCACGCCUCUCCCCGCAGGAGCCGUGUCCGGAGGCGAGAGCCCGGCCGGGGCCCGAGGACGAGGAGAGCCGGGAGGGGCGGCUGGAGCUGCUGGGCGGCCAGCGCUCUCCCUGGGCCCUGCCGGCGGGCUGCGGCCCCGAGGACCAGCGCCUGCGGCAGCUGGCCGUGCGGGCGCCCGGGCUCGUCCGCGGCAGCCGCCUCUUCCUCUUCUUCCGCGUCCUGCGGCUCGUCGAUAAGGGCGUGGACGAGGUCGACGAGGGGCUGCUGCGCUUCCAGCACCUGGAGGAGCUGGUGCUCAGCGCCAACCGCCUCAGCGCCGUGGCCUCGGCCAACCUGCCCGCGACGCUGAAGGUCCUGGAGCUGUGCGGCAACGCCGUGGGCGACCUGCGGGACCUCUGCGCUCGGCCGCCUCCGCGGCUGCAGCACCUGGGCCUGGGCUACAACCGCCUGCGCGGCGCUUCGCAGCACGGCUACCUCACGGCGGCCUUCUGGCCCAACCUGGUUUCCCUCGAUCUGGGCUUCAACGCCCUCGCGGAUCUGCUGGGGCUGCUCUCCGAGCUGGCCACGCUGCCGAAGCUCCGCGUGCUGGUGCUCCGAGGGAACCCGCUGGCCCUGCUCCCCGCCUACCGCGGCCUGGUCGUGGACGGCCUGCCCGGGCUGGCCGCCCUGGACGACGCGCACGUGGGCCCCGGCGAGAAGCACCGGUGCCGGGGGCUGGCGGGGCGGCCCGAGCUGGCGGCCGGCGGGGCGCGCGUGGCGGUGGGCGUCGGCGAGGUGAGGGGGCUGCCCCGCGCCGCCACCCCCGCGCAGCCGGAGGCCGCCGCCGUCCCCGUCGUCACCCGCAGCUACUACGUGACCUACGAGCUGGCGGCGGCUGAGGCGAGCGAGGACGGCGGCGGCCCCGAGGUUACGAAAACCCCUCCGUGUCCCAUGGAGGCCCUGCGGGACCCCGACGGCGGGAAGGCGGCGUGGGACACCGCGGAAGGCCGGGCCCGGGAGCCUGCCGCCGCCACGGAGCCCCAGGCCGGCGCCGUGAAGGUGUUCGCCACCCCCGGCAAGCCCUGGGCAGACCCCCUGGACUGCGGCUACCGGCGGGAGCACGCUGCCCCGGACCUGGUGGGGCUGAAGGCCUUCCUGGAGGCCGGGACCGUCCUCUCCGUGGUGGAGGAGAAGGUCCUCUCCUGGCCUCUCGUCACGGAGCCGGAUGAAGCCACCAUCAAGAAGGGGAAGGCACAAGGGCUGCAGCAUGGCGCUAAGGGCACUGUGCCCGGGGACAAGCAGAAAAAGAAGAAGGAGAAACCCUGUGAGCUCCGCAGCGACCCUCCCAUUCGGAGGACCCUGGGCACCGGGAGGGUGAGCCUGGAGGCCCUGCUGGCCACCGAGGCCCUGGUGGCAACCGUGUGUGACCUCGGGAUCCCGACCACCGAGGAGCCGCCACAGCCACCGAGCCCGGAGGAGAAGGACAGGAGAAAAGGGAAAGACAGGAGCAAAAAGCCAAAAGAGGAGCGAGAAAGUGAGGCCAGCCAGAAGACCACCGCGUCUGCCAAAGGGAGAGGGAGAGCCCGGGAGGCUGCCGAGCCGCAGCGGGGCCCAGGGGGGCCCCCGGGGCCGCUGACCGUGCAGUUCCAGAUGCAGCUGCUCCGCUGGCCCGCGGCGGCCGGGGCCCAGCAGCCGGCAAGCGGUUCCGUAGCGCGGGUGUAGCGAGCGGUGGAGGGCCUGGAUUCCGCCCCGGAGGCUGAGAUGUAUCCCAGGAUAAAAAAGCUCGUGCUCUACACCUUUUCGAUUGUGCUGCUGGCAUGUUUCUUUUACAUGAAGAAGGAUGUUAACUUGGCAGCAUCGUCGGGAGACCAG